GCAUUAGGCUUUUUGAGAGCGUUGGCAGCUCGACGAGCAUUGGAGAGGGCCCGCCCACUUUACUUCGAUGGGAAGCCAAGUGACAGCGCAUUUGAAAUGGAAGCCGACGCUAUGUUCGACGACCUAUACUACAUUGGUGUUCAUGUACGACGUGGAAUGGACAUCUCCAUGAAUACCAGGAACCUUCGGCAUGGUCAUCAAGCUGCUACGCCCGAUUACUAUCGGAAAGCUAUGGAGAUGGCUAGUAAAGGGAAGGAGAAUGCAAUCUUCGUCAUCUGCUCGGACAAUCCUGUAUGGUCAAAAAGGAAUCUCCCAAAAUAUGAUAAAGGAAUGAUAUUUGCCUGUCCGGGUGUUCAUCGAGAAGUCGAUAUGGCAAUUCUCUUACAUUGCGACGCUCUUAUACUCUCCCCGGGUACUUUCUCAUGGUGGGCCGGAUUUCUUAACACCAAAUCAGAAAAGACAAUCUACUACGACGGUUGGCCUCGACCCGGAUCUGAUCUCAUGAAAAUGGUCAAUAAAACCGAGCUCUAUCCGAGCUCAUGGGUACCACUUUUAUAG